AUGGAAUACCUGAAAUCGAGGAUCGACCUGCAAAAGUCGGAGAUCGACCAGCUGAACUCGAAAGUCGAAGACCUGCAAUCGGAGAUCGAGGAGCUUAAUUCGCCGAAAGCGGAAGACGAAGUUCCUUUGUCUGGCGAUGAAGGCAUGGCGUCCGAAAUCUCUGAGGAACCGGAGGUGUCCCCGUCGUACGAAGACAGCUCAUUUCAAACCAUCGUCGUCCCUGAAAAACCUGUCGCCAUGCCUCCAAAGAAUGUUGACGCUGUCGCUGUUCUUGAAGCUAAGAUCGCAUCAUUGCGCAAGGAGCUCAAUCUCAAAGACAGCGAACUCGAGGGCAAUACAGACUACAUCAAGCGUACCGAGGACCAGGCAGCUGAAUUCAAGAAGCAGCACGAAGAUGAGAAGAAGACCACUGCCGACUUGAAGGCCCAGCUUGAUAAAGCCAACUUGACGAUUAAGGCUCGAGAGGACGACAUCAAUGGGGAAAAUGGCUUCGACCAGCAACUUGCCGACGCGAACGCCACGAUCGAUGAGCUUCAACCACAGCUCGCGCAACAAAUCCAAUUCAACAAGAACUUGAAAGAAGAGCUUGAAAGAGCCAAGUUACAGGUGGAACACUACAAGAACGAAGCCGCCGCCGCCGCUCAGACAAGCUCUGAUCUCAUCCAGAAGGUCAAGCAAAUCGAGAAACAGGUUGAGAAUCGAGAUGUCAGGAUUGAGCAAUUGAUUGAACAGAUGGUUGAGGGAGCUCAUUUUGAAACUGACCUCUACGAAGACCAACAAGUCCUUGAGGAUGUCGUCGUGGAAUCGAACAAGUCAGUCGAUGACGGCCCAAGAUUCAACCCUCACCCUGAAACUCACAUCGCUCCUGAAACCAUCACACCAGCCUCUCAGGCACUUUCUGACCAAAUUUUCGGACUUCUACCUACGAGUGGCGAAAGCAGUUCUUUUGAGGAACCUGACUGGGACGAUGCUUCUGAAGAUAGUGCUGACUUUGGGAAUCCCGCAAAUGCCAAUGAAGGGAUCGAAUCCGAGCAUGAAGAGAUCGCCGAAGACCAGCGCAUCCUUGAACAAAGACGCCGUCAAGUCGAUAUUAUCGAAAUCAAAGUCAAAGUCCCAGUCGAAGAAGUCAUUAUUCGUCCAGCCGGCCCAGGACCCAUGCCAGCUACUGUGCCAAGCAUCCGCACGGCUCCGGAAAUUAUCAUCAAGGAGGUUGAUCGGGUUGUCUACAAUGGAAAAGAUGUUCACUCCUGGUUAUACAUCGAACGUAACUUCUUGAUCCUUGUACUUGCCUUCUUCAACUACUUGACCGGAAUCCUUUGGCCGUCCUUCAUCCAAGAGAUUCGAGGCAUGGCACCCACCAGCAAUCAUCCUAUCCUAGUCCUUGGUCUCGAAGACAAUGAAGAAGAUGAAAAUGGUGAUCUCCCAGGAUUCGGUUCCAUUCCACUUGCUAUGGUAAACUCUCCCAUCGCAUCUUCGACACCUGGCCCUUCAGGUCCUAUGAACAGUGCAGCGCUAGGCUCUGAUCCUAUUGAUACUCAGGUCGGAUCUGGGACCAUUGAGACUGCCGAUUUCGCUACAUUGUUGCCACCUCUUGACGCUCGCCCAGAUCGUCGAGAGAGCAUUGCCUUUGCACCUCCUGCAUCACGACCUACAUCGUCUUCAAACAACGCCAACCCAGGUUUGAGUUCAACCAAUCCAUUUGCUUCCACUGGUGAUGGAAAAGGAGUCCAGUUUGGACCUCCCAGCCCUCCCAGCGGUAACAUACAUGACUUGUCACCAAGUUCUCCCAGCGGUGACGAAAUUAGUGAUUUGCAAGCCGCCAACCCAGGAUUCUGGAACAUCUCCGCUCCUCGCCCUCUCCCCAGCAUCAAAUGGACUCUCUGGGGCAUGCUAUUCCAUCUCAUCGUGUACUACAGCAUAUUCAUCACCAUCGACACGUACUUUGAGCGGAACCGGUGGUUCGCUGCAAACGACUCUACUCGACAGUUGCUCAACAGUCGCAUGGGUGCGAGGUAUGCGAAUGGUAUUCUUCGCAAGAUUGUCUCAGAGAACUGGGCACAUCGUAUUGAGAAGUCUCUUGUCUAUGCCAUUACCAAGGCUAGCAUUAUGGAGAUCAAGCCUUUCCGUAUGCCUGGUUGA